AUGACGACGACCAUGGACGUUUCACGAGUUUUGACCCGUUUUGCGCCGGCCGCGGCGCUGGUGUUUGCCCUGGCGACCGCCGCGACGGCCCAGCCGCCGGGCGGGUUUGGCGGUGGGCGGGGUGGUUUCGGCGGUCCUGGUGGCGGCCCCGGCGGCGGCAUCGGGAUGCUCCUCCGUUCUGACGAGGUCCGGGCUGAGCUCGAACUCGUCGACGACCAAGUCGAGAAACUGCAAGCGAUCGAAGAGGAGAUGCGCGACAAGAUCCGUGAGGAAAUGGGCGGUCGGCGCGGCGGCGGGCGGCCUGAUUUCGAGGCCAUGCGGGCCACUUUCGACGAGAUGCGGAAGGAAGUGGAGACCAAGCUCGGUGAAGUCCUCACCACCCAGCAGAUGGACCGCCUCCGCCAGAUCGAGACCCAGCAGCAGAUCAACAACGGCGGCGCCCGCUCGCUGAUGAACGGCCCGCUGGCCGACAAGCUCGGCCUGACCGACGAGCAGAAGCAGCAGAUGCGUGAGAAAGCUCGGGAGGUUGAGGCCGCCAUGCGGGAGAAGAUGGCCGCUGCCCGUGCCGAGGCCCGCGAAGAGCUGCUGACAGUCCUCACCAGCGAGCAACGGGCGACGCUGGAGGAGAUGACCGGCACGCCCUUUUCCAUGAGCGAGCAGCCGCAGUUCGGCGGCCGCGGCGGCUUCGACCGCGGAGAUCGGGGUGGCCGUCGUGGCGACCGCGAAGGGGCUCUCCGACCCCCAUUUACCUGCGGAAAGACAAGCGUGGACUCGGUCGCCGUCCUGCUGAAACACAACGUCCUCUCUCAAGAGCGGGCCGACGAGCUCCGUGCGCUCAACGGAGAGGCCGGCGGCAAGCCGCUCCAUGAGGUCGCCGUGCAGCGGGGCUACGCCGCCGAGGAGGACGUCUUGACCGCCCUGGGGUCGGAGAUCGGCGCCGAGUUGAUCGACCUCAACCACUGCCAGCCCGACCUGUCGCUGCUCGACGCGUUCCCACAGCGGCUGAUGCACCGCCACGGGAUGUUCCCCGUCAGCCGCCAAAAUGGCACGCUCUCAAUCGCCACGAGCGACCCGCUCGACUUCGAGGCGCUCGACGAAAUCGGCGCCAUCACGGGUCUCUCGAUCGAGCCGCUCCUGGCGACCCGCCGGCAGAUCGCCGAACGGCUGAAGGCCCACCUAGGCGUCGGCAGCGAGACGGUCGAAGGCCUGGUAGCCGCCCGGCAGGCAGAGAGCGGCGUUGAGCUGCUCGAAGAAAUCGACGCCGAAGCCGCCGAACUCGCCGAGGGCGCCCAAGAGGCGUCCGUCGUCCGGCUGGUGAACGAGAUCCUGCUCGAGGCGAUCCAGACCCGCGCGUCGGACGUUCAUAUCGAGUCCGAGGCGGUCGGCAUCCGCAUCCGCUACCGCAUCGACGGCCUCCUCGUUGAACAGCCCACCCCGCCGGAGAUCAAUCACUUCCGCGCCGCGAUUACCAGCCGCCUGAAGAUCAUGGCGCAUCUGAACAUCGCGGAAAAACGCCUCCCGCAAGACGGCCGCAUCAAGCUGCGUGUCGAAGGCCGCGAGGUCGACGUGCGUGUUUCGGUGAUCCCGAUGAUCCACGGCGAAGGGAUCGUCAUGCGUCUGUUGGACAAGGGACGCAUGAAGUUCUCGCUGGCGUCCCUUGGCAUGGGCGAGGUGCUCGACGACAAGCUCAACGAACUGAUCCGCGCGCCCCACGGCAUUAUCCUCGUCACCGGUCCGACCGGUUCCGGCAAGACGACGACGCUCUACAGCGCCCUCACCGAGAUCAACGACGAAAACACCAAGAUCAUCACGACCGAAGACCCGGUCGAGUAUCAGCUUCCCGGCAUCGCGCAGAUCCAGGUGCACCCGAAGAUCGGCCUGACGUUUGCCGCGUCGCUGCGUUCGAUCUUGCGUCACGACCCGGACGUGGUGCUCGUCGGUGAAAUCCGCGACCACGAGACCGCCGAGAACGCCAUCCAAGCGGCCCUAACUGGUCACUUGGUGUUCAGCACCCUACACACCAACGAUGCGCCGAGCGCCUACACACGGCUCAUCGACAUGGGGAUCGAGCCGUUCCUCGUCGCCAGCACGAUCGAGGCGGUGAUGGCCCAGCGGCUCGUGCGUCGCCUCUGCGGCAAGUGCCGCGAAGCUUACACGCCCACCACCGAUGAUCUGCCGCAUGACUUUCCGUGGGACGAGUUCGAAGCGGCGGGCGGUCAGCUGUUCCGCGCUAAGGGUUGUCGCGCGUGCCGUGAACUGGGCUAUACCGGCCGUCAAGGCAUCUUCGAGCUGUGCGAAACCACCGACCCCGUCCGGCAGCUAGCGCACGACCGCGCAAGCAGCUGGGAGAUCCGUAAAGCGGCCCUCUCCUCGGGCAUGCGCACGCUGCGUCAAGACGCCUGGCGUCAAUGCAUCGCCGGCGUGACGACCGUCGAUGAGGUUGUGCGCGAUGAACCGGAUCGACGUGAUGUUUUUCUAAUCAUGCAGUUCUUCAACAUUCAUUUUGCCUACACCGCCCGCAGUCUCGCCGGCGAGCUCCUCACGGGGACGCUCAGCGCUGGGUCUGCGCGCGAGGCGAUGGCUCAGCUUUCGGCUAAGGAUCUUUUUCCGGUAAAGGUUGAGGCAGCGAAGGGCUCUAUCACCGCUGGGGCUGGUGGAUCGAUUAGCGUGCCGACGGCGAAGGUCACGCCGGUUUAUAGCCAACUGUCGGCGUUGUUGAGGAGCGGCGUGCCGCUCUUGCGAUCGCUAGCGGUCGUGAAGGAUCAGGCGUCGCACAAGGCGCUCAAAGCCGUGCUAGAAGACGUCUACGGCCAAGUCGAGCAGGGCUCGAGCCUCGCCGAAGCGAUGGCCCGCCACCCGCGGGCGUUCGGGGAAUUGGCCGUCAGUAUGAUCCGCGCGGGCGGAGAAGGCGGCUUCCUCGAAGACGCCCUGGACCGCGUCGCGGCGUUCACCGAGCAACAAGCUGAGCUUCGCGGCAAGGUCGUCGGCGCCUUGGCGUAUCCCGUGAUCCUGUCGGUGAUCGGCGUGCUUGUGGUGACGGGACUCGUGGUCUUCGCGGUGCCGAUGGUUUCGGAGAUCUUCGAUAAGAUGCGCCAACGAGGCGAGCUUCCGUGGGUCACCGACGCGCUGCUCAACCUCAGCGAUUUUCUCGGCCGCUAUGGCAUCCUGGUGCUCGCGGCGCUGGGCGGCAUCGGGUAUGGCGUGUCGAAGUGGAUGGUGACGCCGCGCGCCCGCGACAUCAUCGACCGCGUCCGCAUCAACACCCCGGUGUUUGGUCCGAUCAGUCGCAGCCUUUCGGUCGCGCGGUUGUGCCGCGUGUUGGGAACGCUCCUCAAGGGGGGCGUGCCGAUCGUCCGCGCGCUGGAUAUCGCGGCCGACUCCGCCGGCAAUCGCGUCUUGUCGGGAGUCGUGCGUGACGCAGCGGAGAAUAUCAAGUCGGGCGAGUCGCUCGCCGCGCCGCUCGGCGCCAGCGGAGACUUCCCGCGCGACGUUUGCGAGAUGAUCGCCGUCGCCGAACAAUCCAACAGCCUCGAGACCGUUCUCGAACAGGUAGCGAAUAACCUCGAACGCGCCACGUGGCGUAAGAUCGAACUCGCGGUGCGGCUCAUCGAGCCGUUGAUGCUGGUGCUCCUAGCGAGCGCCGUCUUGGUGGUGGUGAUCGCGCUACUGAUGCCAAUCAUCAACGUUUGCAUGGAUAGGCGUAAGAGAAUGACCUUGAGAAGCAAGCGGCGUGCUCUGGCGGCGUUUACGCUGCUGGAGGUCUUGCUGGUGCUGGUGAUCCUGGUGGUGCUGGGCUCGAUGGCGACGCUUGCCAUCACUGGGCAGCAGGACAAAGCGGACCGCAACUCGGCGAAGGCCCAGGUGCAGUUGCUGAGCCGCACCAUCGAGACGUAUCGCUUCGAUAUGAAGAAGAUGCCGGAGUCGCUCGAGGACCUCGUCGAGAAGCCCAGUGACUCGAAGAUGGCGGACCGUUGGGCGGGCCCGUACCUGAACAAGAAGUCGAUCCCGCUCGACCCGUGGGACAACGAGUACAAGUACGAGGCGAAGGACAACACCGCUAGGGUUUGGUCGGUGGGACCCGACGGCAGCGACGGGACCGAUGACGAUGUCACGUCCGAAGAUGAGGCUUGA